AUGAACCUUUCUGCAUGUGAACUCCUGUCAGCCUGUCACGAGCUGCAUUGCCGCUAUGGAUGCAUCAUGACCAGAAAUGGCACAUUCUGCUUCUGUGCGGAUGGAUUCGAGGUGGGAGAGGAUGGGCGUAGCUGCAGAGAUCAUGAUGAAUGCACCAUGUACGGGACAUGCAGCCAGACCUGCAUGAACACCUAUGGGUCAUAUCGCUGCAGCUGUACAGAUGGGUACAGCCUGCAGCCGAACAGACACUCCUGCAUAGCCAAACACGAGACCGGUGAAAACCCUGCAGCACUGCUGAUUGGAGGCUCGGAUAAUAUUAUAAUCACAGCCCUAAAUGGAUCCCGCCUGCAAACCCUCAAACAACUGGACUCAAAUGGAACUCAUGGCUUGGAUUUCAACCAUAAAGAGGAAUCAGUAUGCUGGGUCACUUCCUCAGAGUCCUCUGGACAACUCCGGUGUGCCAGGAUGAGGAAAGCAAGUGGUUUCACUAAAGAACAGGAAGUAAAGACAGUCCAGAAUCUCCACGACGUUGAUCAUUUAGCCUUUGACUGGCUCACAGGAAACUUUUACUUCGUGGAUCAAGCAAGCGACAGGAUAUUCGUUUGCAACCAGUACGGAGACACCUGUGUUACGGUGAUAGACCUCGACCUUUUGAACCCUAAAGCAAUCGCUCUGGAUCCUCUAAUGGGGAUGCUCUUCUUCACUGACUACGGGAAUCAAGCCAAACUGGAGCGCUGCAACAUGGAUGGCACCAACAGAACUCGACUUGUGGAUUAUAAGGUUGAGCGGCUGACUGCCGUGGCAUUGGAUCUGGUAAAAAAGUUGGUGUACUGGGCAGACGCAUAUCUGGAUUACAUUGAAAUGGUGGAUUACAAUGGCAAAAACAGACACACUAUCAUCCAGGGAUAUCAAGUGGCCCACCUUCAUGGAUUAGCUGUCUUUGAGGACUACUUGUACGCAACUCGCUCUGAACCCUCCAGUGGAGCAGUGGUAGACAUCUUACGGAUAAAUCGCUUUAAUGUCACAGACCCGGAGACGCUAACCAGCAUAGGAAAUGCAAAAACAAUACGGGUUUACCACAAGCUCAGUCAGCCGAAAGUCAAGGGCCAUGCGUGUGAAGUUGACCCUUAUGGUAAACCAGGAGGAUGCUCGCACAUCUGCCUUCUCAGCGGGAGCUACAAAUCCCGGAGCUGCCGCUGUCGUACCGGAUUCAGCCUGGGAAGUGAUGGGCUGUCCUGCAAAAAACCCAAGAAUGAUCUAUUCCUCUUCUAUGGAAAGGGACGACCUGGGAUAAUCCACGGUCUGGACAUGAAUGUGAAGUCUAGCAAUGAGUACAUGGUUCCUAUUGAGGACUUGGUGAAUCCAAGAGCUCUUGACUAUCAUGCUGAAACAGGAAACAUUUACUUCGCUGAUACUACAAGCUUUUUGAUAGGGCGGCAGAAAGUCGAUGGAAGCAGCCGGGAAACAAUUCUCAAAGAUGAUCUUGAUAAUGUGGAGGGGAUUUCAGUGGAUUGGAUUGGAAAUAAUCUCUACUGGACCAAUGAUGGCUACAGAAAAACCAUCAGCGUGGCUAGGCUGGAGUGGGCAUCUGAAACCAGGAAGACUCUUUUGGAGGGAGACAUGUCUCACCCUAGAGCCAUAGUGGUGGAUCCUCUGAAUAGUUGGAUGUACUGGACAGAUUGGGAAGAGGAUGAGGUGAACGACAGCAUUGGUAGAAUAGAGAAAGCCUGGAUGGACGGUUCCAACAGGAAAAUAUUUGUCACAUCUAACAUGCUAUGGCCCAAUGGACUCACUCUGGAACAUGGAACCAGUACCAUGUACUGGUGUGAUGCCUAUUAUGAUCAUAUUGAGAGAAUCUAUCUCAAUGGGACUGGCAGAAUGGUUGUGUACAGUGGCAGGGAACUCAGUCACCCGUUUGGGAUUGCACAGUACCAAAAUUCCAUCUUCUGGACGGAGUACAUGAACGCCUCCAUCUUCCAGCUGGAUCUGGUCUCUGGUGAAGUCUCUCUGCUGAGGAGUGAACGGCCCCCUCUGUUCGGGCUCCGAGUAUAUGAUGCACAAAGCCAGCUGGGUGACAAUGCCUGCCGGGUGAAUUACGGUGGUUGCGGUACCCUCUGUUUGGCCAUCCCGGGAGGCCGGGUGUGCGCGUGUGCCGACAACCAGCACCUGGACAAGAACAAUAUCACGUGCUCUGACUCUGCAGGUCAAGAGGAGCCCCAGCGGUGCAAAAAUGAUGAGUUUCAGUGCAGGAACUGGCGCUGCAUACGAGUCAAUUGGAUUUGUGAUGGAGAUGAUGACUGUUUAGAUGGCAGUGAUGAGGAGGCCCACAUAUGCUCUAACCACAGUUGCCCGGUUGACCAGUUCAAGUGUCCCAAUAAUCGUUGCAUACCCAAAAGGUGGCUUUGUGACGGAGCCAAUGACUGUAGAGAUAACGAAGAUGAGUCUAAUAAAACAUGCUCAGCCCAGCCAUGUCGGGCUGGUCAGUUCACCUGUGGUAAUGGUCGCUGUGUACCAGAAGCGUGGCGCUGUGAUCAAGAUGAUGACUGUGGAGACAUGUCAGACGAGUCCACUUCCUGUGCGUUUCCUACCUGCGAUGCUCUCAGCCAGUUCAGCUGCGCUAAUGGGAGGUGCAUUAGCAUGAAGUGGCAUUGUGACUCAGAUGAUGACUGUGGAGACAACAGUGAUGAGGCGGGCUGCGUCCACUCCUGUGCUAAUGGUCAGUAUAAGUGCACCAGCGGCCGGUGUAUCCCAGACCACUGGGCCUGUGACGGGGACAACGACUGCGGGGACUUCAGUGAUGAAAAUGUGACUUGUGCUGGUGUUGCCCCUGCUUUGCCUCCUGUGGAAUGCAGUGGAGAGGAGUUUCACUGCCGUGCUGAUGGGACCUGCAUCCCCGAGCGCUGGCGCUGCGAUGGGGAUAAAGACUGCGAAGACGGCAGUGAUGAAACAAACUGCAAAGGCGUCAAGAGAAUGUGUGAUCCCCAGGCAAAGUUUACCUGCAAAAGCUCAGGGAAGUGUAUCAGCAAGAGCUGGGUGUGUGACGGCGACAAUGACUGUGAAGACCGCUCGGAUGAAGAAUCGUGUGAGUCCUCCAUCUGUAAGCCCCCCACUCAGCCCUGUGCUAAUGACUCCAGCACCUGCCUGCCCCCCAACAAGAUCUGCGAUGGGAGAAACGACUGUGCUGACCAUUCCGAUGAGGGUCCUUUCUGUGGAAAAUGUUUGCAAGGUAAUGGGGGCUGCAGUCACCAGUGUGCAGUGAUCCCCAGCAAAGGGGUGGUGUGUUCAUGUCCCACUGGACUCCAUCUUGGCUCUGACAACCGAACAUGCGAGACAGUGGACUACUGCUCUGCUCACCUGAAAUGCAAUCAGAUAUGCGAACAGCAUAAGACCACUGUCAAGUGCUCCUGUUAUCCUGGCUGGAGACUUGAUCCAGAUGGAGAGAGCUGCCACAGCACAGAUCCCUUUGAGGCUUUUGUUAUCUUCUCUAUCCGGCAUGAGAUCAGACGAAUCGACCUUCAUAAACGUGACUACAGCCUACUCGUUCCCGGCCUGCGGAACACCAUCGCUCUCGACUUCCACUUCAACCACAGUUUGCUUUACUGGACCGACGUGGUGGAGGAUAAGAUCUAUCGGGGAAAGCUCUCAGAGACCGGAGGUGUGACCGGGGUCGAGGUUGUGAUUCAGCAUGGUUUGGCCACCCCAGAGGGACUCGCAGUGGAUUGGAUUGCAGGAAACCUUUACUGGAUAGACAGCAACUUGGAUCAGAUUGAGGUGGCCAAGCUGAAUGGCGAAAUGAGAACGACUUUGAUUGCCGGUGGCAUGGAGCACCCACGAGCGCUGGCUAUAGACCCAGGACAGGGCAUUCUUUUCUGGACCGACUGGGAUGCCACUUUUCCUCGGAUUGAGGCAACGUCAAUGAGUGGAAGUGGAAGACAUGUUGUGUAUAAGGACAUGGAGAUUGGAGCCUGGCCUAAUGGACUCACGCUAGACCAUCAGGAAAGGAGAAUAGUGUGGACAGAUGCUCGCUCAGAUGCAAUAUAUUCAGCCCUGUAUGAUGGCACGGGGGUCAUCGAGAUCCUCAGGGGGCACGAGUACCUGUCACACCCGUUCGCUGUGUCUCUCUUUGGAGGUGGUGUGUACUGGACAGACUGGAGAACCAACACUUUAGCCAGAGCGAAUAAAUGGACUGGCCGCAAUGUAACUGUGAUCCAAAAGACAAGUGCCCAGCCAUUUGAUCUGGAGAUAUAUCAUCCUAGCAGACAACCUCAAGCUUCAAACCCGUGCGAGGGAAACGAUGGAAGAGUCCCUUGCUCCCACCUUUGUCUCAUUGAUUACAACCGCACGGCGUCUUGUUCAUGUCCUCAUCUCAUGAAGCUUUCCCUCCACAACCGCUCUUGUGUGGCCCUGAAGAAGUUCCUGUUGUAUGUGAGGCGAUCUGAGAUCCGUGGAGUGGAUAUCGAUAAUCCGUACAUGAACGUCAUGACUGCUUUGACUGUUCCUGACAUCGAUGAUGUCACUGUGGUGGAUUACGACGCUCUUGAGGAAAGGAUAUACUGGGCGGACGUUAAGACUCAAACAAUAAAACGUGUCUUUAUCAAUGGAACAGGCCUUCAAACUGUCAUUUCUGGAGAUAUUCAAAACUGCCGUGGGCUGGCAGUAGAUUGGCUUUCAAGGAAUAUGUAUUGGCUGAGCUCUGAGAACGAGGAGACGCAGAUCAAUGUUGCCCAACUAGACGGAUCUCUAAAAACCUCAGUCAUCCAUGGGAUUGACAAACCAAAGUGUCUGACUGUGCACCCAGCCAAAGGAAAAAUCUACUGGACCGAUGGAAACACAAUAAAUGUAGCCAAUAUGGAUGGAAGCAAUAGGAAGGUUCUUCAUCAAAAUCAGAGAGAACCAGUUGGACUUUCAAUUGACUUUCCCGCUGGGAAGAUGUAUUGGAUCAGUUCUGCUAAUGGUACUAUCAACAGGUGCAAUCUGGACGGUAGUGGCUUUGAGGUCAUUGAAAGCAUGAAGAGGGACUUAACUAAAGCCACGGCUCUAGCAGUCAUGGGUGGCAAGCUGUGGUGGGCUGAUGACGAUCUGGCUCAGCUGGGAACGGUCGCCAAACGGGAUGGACGUAACCCGGCAGUGCUGCGCAAUAAGACCAGCGGAGUGGUACACAUGAAGGUGUAUGACAGAGAUGGUCAGAAAGGUAGGAAUGCCUGUCAGUUGAAUAAUGGCGGUUGCUCGCAGCUCUGUCUGCCCACAUCUGAAAACACACGCACAUGUGCCUGCACCAUUGGCUACAACCUGCGCAGUGACCGUCUCUCCUGUGAAGGCCUGAGUUCUUUUCUGAUGUACUCUUUUCAUGAGGGGAUACGUGGAAUCGCUCUGGAUCCUGGUGACCACGCCGAGACACUGAUGCCCAUCAGCGGCACCUUGUUUGCCGUUGGCGUGGACUUUCAUGCAGGCAAUGAUACAAUUUACUGGACAGACAUGGGAUUAAACCGGAUCUCAAGAGCCAAGAGGGAUCAGACAUGGAGGGAAGACAUUAUCACGCUUUGCUUACCAAGGCUGCAUAUAUUUGGUAACCUUUACUGGACAGACCAUGGCCUCAACCUCAUUGAAAUUGCUCGUCUGAAUGGUCUCUACCGGUCAGUUGUAAUAUCAGAAGGGCUGGACCAGCCAAGAGCCAUUGCAGUGCAUCCACAGAGAGGUUAUUUAUUCUGGACCGAGUGGGGGAAGAAUCCUUGCAUAGGUCGGGCACGACUGGAUGGUUCAGACCAAGUGACCCUGGUCAGUUCUGGCAUCGCCUGGCCGAAUGGAAUCACCAUCGACUAUGAGGAAAAUAGAUUAUAUUGGUGUGACGCCCGGACCGACAAGAUAGAAAGGAUCAACCUUGAAACCGGGGAGGGCCGAGAGAUUGUACUGUCAGCCGCCAAUGUGGACCUGUUCUCCGUGGCUGUGUUCGGGGCUUACAUCUACUGGUCUGACAGAGCCCACGCCAAUGGAUCGAUCCGGCGCGGAUUCAAGAGCGAUGCCACCGACACCGUCACAAUAAGAAGUGGUCUUGGCGUCAACCUGAAGGACGUGAAAGUGUUUAACAAAGGCCGGGAGAAAGGCACUAACCCGUGUGCGAGAAGCAAUGGAGGUUGUCAGCAGCUGUGUUUUCACCUGGGCAGCGGAAGAAGGACUUGUUCCUGUGCUCAUGGGUACUUAGCCGAAGAUGGCUUUGCUUGCCAAAGAUAUGAGGGCUAUCUUCUGUACUCUGAAAGGACCAUCUUGAAAAGCAUCCACCUGUCUGACGAGAGCGAUCUUAACUCCCCUCUCCAACCUUUUGAGAAUCCAGACUACUUCAAGAACGUCAUCGCUCUGGCAUUUGAUUAUCGGCAGCAGACCUCGCACCACAACCGCAUAUUCUUCAGCGACAUCCAUUUUGGGAAUAUUCAGAUGAUCAAUGAUGAUUGGUCUGGAAGACAAGUCAUAGUUGAAAAUGUGGGUUCGGUUGAGGGCUUGGCUUAUCACCGUGCCUGGGACACGAUUUACUGGACUAGCUCCACCACCUCAAGCAUCAGCAGAUACACAGUAGACCAGAGCCGACAAGGAGCUUUCACCAGGCAAGCCGUUGUCACCAUGUCUGAGGAUGACCAUCCCCACGUCUUGGCCCUGGAUGAAUGUCAAAACCUCAUGUUUUGGACCAAUUGGAACGAGCAGCGCCCCAGUAUCAUGCGCUCCACUCUUGCAGGGAAUAACAUGAAAGUCAUCAUUAGCACAGAUGUAUUCACUCCUAACGGACUCAUAAUUGACCAUAAAGCGGAAAAGCUGUAUUUCUCAGACGGCAGCCUGGGCAAAAUUGAACACUGUGAAUAUGACGGCUCCCACAGACAUGUGAUUGUAAGGUCAGGAGCUGGCACAUUUUUUGGACUUGCUAUCCACGGAAACUACAUUUUUUGGUCUGACUGGACUCGGCGGGCUGUGCUGCGAACCAACAAGUUCACAGGAGGAGAUACUAAAGUUCUCAGGGCUGAUAUUCCCCACCAGCCAAUGGGAAUUAUAGCAGUUGCCAAAGACACUAAUAAUUGCGAGCUAUCUCCAUGCAGGGUUCUGAAUGGUGGCUGUGGUGACCUCUGUCUCCUUACUCCAGAUGGCACAGUCAACUGCAGCUGCCGAGGAGAGCGGAUACUGCUCGAUGACAACAGAUGUGUGUCAAAAACGUCCUCUUGCAACAUCCACACUGAGUUUGAGUGUGGAAAUGGGGAAUGUAUAGACUACCAGCUAACAUGUGAUGGAAUUGCCCACUGCAAAGACAAGUCAGAUGAGAAAAUGCAAUAUUGUGACAACAGGAGCUGCCGAAAGGGUCACCGUCCUUGCUACAACAGGCGUUGUGUGGCUAACAAUCGCUUUUGUGAUGGAAUGGACGACUGUGGAGACAACUCAGAUGAGGCAUUUUGUAACAAUGUCACGUGUGCUGCAUCUGAGUCAUCCUGUCAAGAUGGAACUUGCAUACCAAUAUCCUCCUGGUGCAACCAGGUCAUCGACUGCGCCGAUGCCUCGGAUGAAAAGAACUGCAAUCACACAGAUUGUGCAGACUUUUACAGGAUGGGAGUUGCAGAAAAGGUCUUUGUCAGUUGUAACAGCACCUCACUGUGUGUUCACCAUUCGUGGCUGUGCGAUGGAGCCAAUGACUGCGGAGAUUACGCCGACGAGAGGAACUGUCAGGUCUCCCACGGGCAGAAAUGUGCAGAAGGCCACUUCGCCUGCCCCAGCGGGAACUGCAUCUCCAGCGUGUGGCUUUGUGAUGGGCAGAAGGAUUGUGAAGAUGGUGCAGAUGAGUUCCAGUGUGACUCCUCCUGUCUGUGGAACCAGUUUGCUUGUUCGAAAAACAAGUGCAUAGCAAAGCAGUGGCUCUGUGAUGGUGAAGACGACUGUGGAGACAGGGUGGACGAGAGCGUGGAUCUCUGCGGCUCGGUGACCUGCGCCCCAGGGUUAUUCAGUUGUCCAGGCUCGUACGCAUGCGUCCCCAAGCGCUGGUUGUGUGACGGGGAGAGAGACUGUCCCGAUGGCAGCGAUGAGCUCGCAGCGGCCGGCUGUGCUCCAAAUAACACAUGUGAUGAGAAUUCCUUCAGAUGCCUUAACAAAGGCUGCAUUCCAAAACGCUUUGUUUGUGACCAUGAUGACGACUGCGGAGAUGGCUCGGAUGAAUCGGUUGAAUGUGUGUACCGCUCAUGUGGGCCAGAUGAGUUCCGCUGUGCUGAUGGCCGAUGCCUUCUCAGCGCCCAGUGGGAGUGUGAUGGUUACCCAGACUGCCCUGACCACUCUGAUGAGCUGCCCCUCAACCUCAAAUGCCUGGCUGCCGAGAGCUUAUGCAACAGUUCAUUUUUCAUGUGCUCAAAUGGCCGCUGUAUAUCUGAGAAGAGUUUAUGUGACCUGAAAGAUGACUGUGGAGAUCGCUCAGAUGAGAAAAACUGCAAUGUCAAUGAAUGUCUCAACCGUCGUGUCAGCGGCUGUACGCAGGAUUGCCAGGACUUACCAGUGGGAUACAAGUGUAAGUGCUGGCCGGGAUUUCACCUGAAGAAUGAUGGGAGAACAUGUGCUGACAUUGACGAAUGCUCCACCACGCUACCCUGCAGCCAGAACUGCACCAACACUUACGGUUCCUUUAAGUGUUUUUGUGUAGACGGCUAUGAAGCUUCUAGAAAAGACCCCAACAGCUGCAAGUCUCUUUCAGCUGAAGAGCCCUUUCUUAUACUUGCUGAUCUUCAUGAAAUCAGAAAAUUAAGUGUCGAUGGGUCCAAUUACACUCUUCUGAAACAGGGCCUUAACAACAUUAUCAGCUUGGAUUUUGACUACAAGAAGGAGUUCAUUUACUGGAUUGACUCUAGCAGACCCAGCGGCCGGAGGAUAAACAGAAUUCGCCUUAAUGGCAGUGACCUCAAGAUUGUUCACAGAACAGCUGUGCCAAGUGCGCUUGCUGUGGACUGGAUUGGGAAGAACUUGUACUGGUGCGACGUGGAGAGAAAGACGCUGGAAAUGUCCAAAUCCAACGGUUUAUACCCCACUGUCUUAGUGAGCUCUGGCCUGAAGAACCCAACGGACUUGGCUCUGGAUGCUCAAACCGGGUAUGUGUUCUGGAUUGACUGCUGUGAAAACCCUCACGUCGGUCGAGUUGGCAUGGACGGCCAAGGCCAGAGCGCUAUUGUGAACAAAGAAAUCUACAGCCCCUCAGCUCUGACCAUUGACUACACAAACAAGAGAAUCUACUGGGCUGAUGAUAAUCACAUCUUUUUUGCCAACAUGGACGGUUCUCAGAGGCAACGGGUUCCUCAUGACCACAUCCAGGGUGUAAUGGGGCUCACGCUGUUCGAGGACUUCAUUUAUUGGACUGACGGGAAGUCCAAAUCUCUCCGUCGAGCUCAUAAGACCACCGGUGCUAAUGCUGUCGAGCUCCUGAAUUCAUGGCAAGCCAUUAAGUCUGUCAUUGUCUACCACCCACUGCGCCAACCUGAAGUCCCCAAACACCAGUGUCAAGUGGCCAAUGGAGGCUGUAGCCACUUGUGCUUACUCUCUCCUGGUGGAGGUCACAAAUGCGCCUGCCCGACUAACUUCUACUUGGCUGCCGAUAACAAAACGUGCCUGUCCAACUGCACAGCCAGCCAGUUCCGCUGUGGAACGGAUGAAUGCAUCCCAUUCUGGUGGAAAUGUGAUACGGUAGAUGACUGCGGUGAUGGGUCUGAUGAGCCUGCGGAUUGUCCGGAAUUCAAAUGCCAGCCUGGGCGUUUUCAGUGUGGCACUGGCCUUUGUGCCUUACCUCCCUUCAUCUGCGAUGGAGAGAAUGACUGCGGGGACAACUCAGAUGAGGCCAACUGUGAUACAUACAUCUGUCUGUCAGGCCAGUUCAAGUGCACCCGAAAGCAGAAGUGUAUACCAUUAAAUCUUCGCUGCAACGGACAGGACGACUGUGGGGAUGGAGAGGACGAGACAGACUGCCCUGAGAGCACAUGUUCUCCAGACCAGUUCCAGUGCAAGGCCACCAUGCAUUGCAUCUCAAAGCUCUGGGUGUGCGACGAAGACCCAGACUGUGCUGACGGCUCUGACGAGGCCAAUUGUGAUGAAAAGACCUGCGGACCUCAUGAAUUUCGCUGUGAGAAUAACAACUGCAUCCCGGACCACUGGAGAUGUGACAGCCAGAAUGACUGCGGAGACAACUCCGAUGAGGAGCAUUGCAAGCCAGUGACCUGUAAUCAUAAGGAUUUUGCCUGCAUCAGUGGGGACUGUAUCUCAGCACGCUUCCGUUGCGAUGGUGACUAUGACUGUGCUGAUAAUUCAGAUGAGAAGGAUUGCGAGACUCACUGUACAGAGGAUCAAUUUCAAUGCCACAACAAUCUCUGCAUCUCCCGCAAAUGGUUGUGCGAUGGCCAGGAAGACUGUAAGACAGGGGAAGAUGAGAGAAAUUGCCUCGGAACAGUGCUUCCUUCCUGCUCUCUAAAUGAGUAUGUGUGCGCCAGCGGAGGUUGUGUGUCUGCCAGCCUGAGGUGUGAUGGACAUGACAACUGUCUGGACAGUUCUGAUGAGAUGGACUGUGUCAAGGAGUGCAGAGAAGAUGAGUUUCUGUGCAAAAACCAUGCUCACUGCAUCCCUAAACGAUGGCGCUGCGAUGACGUGUUCGAUUGUGUGGAUCACAGCGAUGAGGAGAACUGUGGUCAUGAUGCUUCCUUCUGUCGCCCUGACGAGUUCAUCUGCAACAACACCCUGUGUAAGCUGCAUGUGUGGGUGUGUGAUGGUGAGGACGACUGCGGAGACAACUCUGAUGAAGACUCCGAGAUGUGCGCCAAACUACCUUGUCCUCCAGCAAGGCCAUAUCGCUGCAGAGAUGACAGAGUGUGUCUACGGCUUGAUCAGAUCUGUAACAAUGUGGAUAACUGUGGGGACAACUCAGAUGAAGAUGAAUGUGAGCCUGUGUCAUCUAGGCCCAAGCCCUGUGGGAAGGCAGAGUUUACCUGUAGUAAUCGUAAAUGUAUACCCGCACAACUGCAGUGCGACCUGUUUGAUGACUGUGGAGAUGGAGGAUCAGAUGAACAGGACUGCAAGGCUUCUUCAAAUGGAGACAUAUGUGGAAAGAGGAUGAAUCCAUGUGGGGAGGAUGCAGUGUGCAAUCAUACAAACACAAAUGCAAUUUGCCACUGCAAACCUGGCUUUCAGAGAAAUCUCAGAAGCAGAAAGUGUGAAGAAAUCAAUGAGUGUCUUAAUUUUGGCACUUGCUCUCACUAUUGUACCAACACAAAAGGAUCAUACAAAUGUACAUGUGACAAAAAUUAUAAGGAUAUGAAUGGUAGCUGCAUAGCAAAAGGACCAGAAGAUCGAGUGCUCUACAUAGCUAAUGACACUGAAAUCCGAAGUUUUGUGUAUCCAUUUAACCAGAGCCAUGGACACAAAGUACAUGCUCGCAUCGAGGAAAAUGCCCGCAUCAUUGGGAUGGAUGCUCUGUAUCACCAACAAAAGUUUAUCUGGGCUACUCAGUUUAAUCCCGGUGGACUUUUUUACAAAGAUAUCCUAAACAGGAGUCAAACUAAAACAAAUGUUGGCAUCAUAUGUCCAGACUUUCGCAGACCCAGAGAUGUAUCAGCUGACUGGGUGACUGGAAAUAUCUACUGGACAGACCACUCUAGGAUGCACUGGUUCAGUUAUUACACCGCUCACUGGACCAAGCUUAGAUACUCUAUUAAUGUGGGACAACUCAAGGGACCCAACUGCACCCGUCUGAUAACUGACAUUGCAGGAGAGCCUUACGCCAUUACUGUCAAUCCAGUCAAAGGGAUGAUGUAUUGGUCAGUAAUAGGCGACCACUCACACAUAGAGGAGAGUGCGAUGGAUGGCUCCAUGCGUAGAGUGCUACUGGAUAAGAACCUUAGGAGACCCACAGGGUUGGCGAUUGAUUACUUCAGCCAGCGUGUGUAUUGGGCCGAUGCCGAGCUCUCUGUCAUUGGCAGUGUCCAUUUCGAUGGCUCAGACCCAUUGGUGGUAAUCGAUGGCAAGCAAGGAAUAUCACAACCAUACAGAAUAGACAUUUUUGAGGAUUACAUUUAUGGAACAGGACUAAAAAAUGAAGUUUUCAGAAUCCAGAAAUAUGGCAAAAAAUCAAUUGAACCUCUUGACUUGGGUUUUGAAAAAACAACAAAUGUCCUGAUCUCUCAUCGUUUCAAGCAGCAGGAUGUGGCCAAUCCCUGUCUACGGAUGACCUGCGAUUUUAUGUGCUUGCUCAAUCCAUCCGGGGCCAGCUGCACCUGUCCAGAGGGGAAGACCUUGGUCAAUGGCUCUUGUAUUGACCCCAUUGUCUCAGGUGAGUUGUGCCGACCUGCCUGUGAGAAUGGAGGACGUUGCAUGGCCAAUGAAAAAGGAGACUGGCGCUGUUACUGCUGGCCUAAUUUCUCUGGGGAACGUUGUGAAGUCAACCAUUGUACAGAUUACUGCUUAAACGGAGGCACGUGCACUGGCUCACCUCUUGGGAAACCUACUUGCCGCUGCGUGACAGGCUUCACUGGCCCUAACUGUGAGAGGCGGGUCUGUGAUAAUCACUGUCUGAAUGGAGGCACGUGUGACGUAAGCCUUGGAAACCAGCCAGAGUGUCGCUGCUUGGCAGAGUACACGGGUGACCGCUGUCUUUAUCACAUCUGUCAUCACCACUGCGUCCAUUCCCAGGCCUGCACACUGUCCAGCUCCGGACACGUUGAAUGCGUGUGCCCGCCUCGCUAUGAAGGCAUCAAGUGUGAUGUCGACAAGUGCCUACGGUGCCAUGGAGCACCAUGUAUCAUUAAUGGAGAUACAGGAGAUGUGGCUUGCAACUGUACCAGUGGUCGAAUCGCCUCCAGCUGCCAGUUGUGUGAUGGCUACUGCUAUAACGGAGGCACCUGUCAUCUGGACCCCGACACCAGCCUACCCUUCUGCCACUGCACGGCAGGGUUCAAGAACCAGCGGUGCGAUGAGCUGGCCAAUCCCUGCGAUUACUACUGUCAGAAUGAAGGAAUAUGCACAAUAACUGCCCUUAACAAACCUCGAUGCAAAUGCUCAGCUAAUUGGUCGGGGACGCAGUGCGAGAGGCCGGCCCCCAAGAGCAGCCGCUCCGAUAACACAGCUGGAGGAAGUAUAGCUAUCAUUGUGCCAUUGGUCCUGCUGGUCAUUUUGAUUGCUUCGGUGGUUACAGGUGUGUGCAUCUGCAGAAGACGACAAAGGGGGAAACGUGUACAACGGCAGCCCAUAACUAAUGGAGGCAUUAAUGUGGAGAUAGGCAAUCCAUCCUACAACAUGUAUGAGGUGGACCAUGACAACCACGCAGAUGCCGGAAGCCUUCUCAAACCAAAUUUCACACUUGAUCCCCACAAGGGCUGGUGUGUAAAAUCCAGUGACCCUUGCACGCUGAAUAUUCACUCUGUCCCAAAGGAAGUAAUACCUGGACAGCCAAUUAACUACUCCAAUCCGAUGUAUGCGAAGAUGUACCUCGAUGGUCAGAACUGUCGCAAACCAGUCAUCAACAUUGACGAAAGGAGAGAGCUACUCCCAAAGAAACUUGAGGGGACGAUUCGAGAAACCGCCGCAUAGCCUGACUACACUUUGUACUCUUUUUUUACUUAAAUGUACAAAAUGUAUAAAACACGAGGAAAACAA